UGCUAGUAUGGAAUGACCAGUACGCCAGGCAGGUUGAAAAAUGGCGAAGAGUUUUAACACUAGUGAAUGAAACAGUGUUUGUGGACUUUCGCAAGUUUCAAUUUUGUUUGGAUUUGUACAUCAUUUCAAUACGAAAACCAGCUCGGACAUUGUUACCACUUAUUAUUUUUUGAACAAAUAACAACAAAUAGAAGAGUAGCAGUAGACGUUAGUGGCGACAGAGUUUUCCUUUGAACAAGAUUUGGUCACACUUUUAAGUUAAGUAUUUCAACAAAAUACGUCCAAUGGCCCAAGCGUACAGUUUGAUUGUGCUGUUUGCUCAGCUUUGUCUGUCCAAGUCAGUGGAACGAGGAUUCGUCUACUGCCCAGCGUACCCCUGCUCCUGCGAGUCAAGAGACGGCGCCCUGAUCAUAAACUGUAUGAGCCUGUACCUCUCUGCUUUGCCCAAAUUUUUGUCGUUUGACGGACGUAUCAAGGAGUUGUCAUUAAGGUUUAACAAUAUCAGAACUAUUCCACCCAAUGGUUUCCAAGGACUUCACAUUGAGAGACUCGAUCUACUGGAUAAUGCUGUGACAACGAUCAACGACGAUGCUUUCAUGGGGCUAGAAAACUCACUGAAAGCUUUGUCCUUGCAGCUUUACGCAUAUGACGGUCUGCCAACUAAGGCUUUGUCCAAAUUAACUCACUUGAAAAGUCUGCAAGUCAUAGGCUGCAAGCAACUAGAAUUGGACAGUGCGCUUUUCAAAAAUCUGGUCAACCUCGAAACUCUUCAUUUGAUUGGCUGUAGAACCACCGCAAUCAAGUCAGGUGCUUUUACGUCACUUCCGAAGCUGAAGAGCCUCGUUCUUUCAAGCAACGCGCUUCGAUUUGAAGAUUUACAAGAGCUGAAUGUUCUUCAUCAUCUGACAGAGUUAGAUCUUUCCAACAACAAUAUUCAAAUGCUGGACAAUCAGGCAUUCUCUAAGCUCUCCAAACUUCGCUAUUUAAAUUUGGCCAACAAUAAAAUGACGCAAGCAGCGGGAGGGGCGUUUUAUAAUUUAGAUUUUACACUGGAAGAGCUCAACCUGCAAGACAAUUUUCUGAAGGAAGACGCGCUGAAAUCUUUGCGCUAUAUGAAGUCUAUACGAGUUCUUGAUCUUAGUUCCAAUAACAUUUCAAGAAUUCAGGAAGAAGACUUUAUGGCUUUAAGAUAUCUAACGUCACUUAAUCUUGCUGACAAUGAUAUAAAAUUCCUAGAGAAGAGGAGCCUAAUCGGGGUCGCAUCUUCUCUGGUCAGUUUGGAUUUAAGCGGGAACCCUUUGGAAACUAUUGAAGGUGGUGUAUUUGCUGAAUUCAGCAGGUUAGAAAGUUUAAACUUUAACAAAACGCUAGUCGGUAGCGCACUAAGGCAUGACACAUUUAAUGGCGCCAAGAAGACGCUCAAACAUCUACACGCGAGUUACUCGGGGGUCACUUCCACACAAGUCGCCUCUCUGUCUACCUUACACCAUUUGACCGAACUGGAUCUAAGCCUAAACAAGAUUGGUCGAGUUGACUUCCAGGUUAUUUCUGCGUGGCGUCACCUGAAGUUUGCCAACUUUUCUCACAAUAACAUCUCAGAGUUUCUUACAGGACCGCUGUCCAAUGUAAACUCAUCUCUGAAAGCGCUGGACAUUUCUAAUAACCAUAUUGAGGUCAUCCCAGAUUGCGUAUUCUUUCUGCUAAAGGAGCUCACAGACGUAAAACUGGAUAACAACCCACUGGCCUGCAAUUGUAGUUCUUCCUGGCUGUUUAGAUGGAGGCAAAUAACGCAGUCCAGUUCCAGAGCGUGGUCCAGCAACUGGCAGUGCUCGCCUAUCAACAGUUUGCCGAGAAGAAUGUUUUCCGACCUAGAGUUCUCUGAUCUGAACUGUUUGAAUUCAUCUUCAGAGGAGGCCCGUUGUUUGUUGGAGUACUUACCAUGGGCAAUGGAGAACGCGACCACGAAGCCUAUUGCUCACGUCUCCAUUACACCACCGUAUUCCACGGACAAGAUAAUGUAUUUUAACAUCACACAGCCAAACCCUUCGUCCCUCCAUGUUAAGUGGGCCACUCGGGUCAACGGGCUGAUUGGAGGUUUUAAGGUUAUGCUUACCCGCUGCAAUGAUUCGUCCGUGGUGGAAGCGGUCACAGUGUCGCCGGACACCACGCAUUACACAUUCUACCCUUUCGAUCGCAACGUCCAGCAGGAGCUCUGCGUGGUGUUGCUGGCCGAGGACCUGUCCCACUUAGAGACCAAGUGCGAAGGAGUGUCCUCUCCGGUUAUCAACAUACGUGACGGCAAGUCGAAAGAACAGCACAUGUACACGGUAGUCCAUAAUUCUUUUGUUCCCUUGCUGCUAAUCUACAUCUCUGGAAGCUUGGCGCUGGCCUUCAUCAUCGCUUGUCUCGUCUUGUGCGUGCGGAAAAACCUCAGCAAACCCGAGCCUACAAAAGACCCUUUUUUCUCGGGCUAUCCUGCGUGGGUGGACCAACGCUCCUCUACGUCCAGCCUUCCGAUCAGCCACGACCCACAUUUGUUCUUGUUCGAGGAGCUAGGGUCACCCGAGCACAGAGACUUCCACACCCAUAGCACAUUGAUCAGCAGCAGGGGCACUGCGAGUGGCAGACGCCUGCCUCCGUCAUCAAUGCGAGACUACUCCAACAAUCAACUCAGUCGGCGCAACUCCAGGAGCCUGUCCGUCCCGUCCGUGCUCCACCUGUGUCCGUACGAAUGCACCAACUUGAAUUCCUUCGUAUCAAAGCCGUCUUCCAAUGAACUGCUGGCUGGAAGAGCGGAAAUCAAUGACGAGUUCUACUUUCACUUUUGAACAUGGACUUCAAAAAUCACUUUGACUUUUGGCUUGCACCGAGUGACGAUGCAGGAAAUGAAAGUUAUCUGCUCUUCUUAAUCAUCGGCUACUGGCAAGUCACGAGAUAAUGCAGAUCAUCAAUCGGUAAAAAAAAAAUGAUAUUUUACUGGAAAUGAGUCCUCUGUUAAAACUUGCCAUUUAUGCAAACUAUGCUAAAUGAUUUCCAUAUCAUUUUUUAUCUGUCUGUCUCUCACUCUCUCUUUCAAUAUUACACGGUAAUAAAAAUAAAUAAAUAAACUCGUAUAUGGUACCGCCGUCUUUCAGUAGUCUAAUACUACUAUCAAUGAACUGCGUGUUUAUCAUCCUAUUACUUAACAAUGACCAAUCAUAAACCAAUUAUGCAUGGUUAUCUUUUUUUUAAAAAUUAAAAUAGCAUUAUUAUAUUAACUAUUUUCCCACCACAUAGGCCCUAAGCCUUGCAAAUAAAGGGAAGUAACCAUUAAUUAGCAGACUACAUUUCUACUUUGAAACGAUUCUAUAGAAGUUUAGGGAGACAAGUAUUACUGAAACCAAAUAUCCCAAAAUACAAGUGAAAAACAAAUCUCAAUUUUCAUCUUUGUUCAUUGACUAUAGCAGCACACUGAUACAUGGGCAAUUACUCCUACACACGUAGGCUACAUUCAUUCACUCAAUUCACACACAUUCACACAAAGACGCCGUUGGAAAGACAGAAUCUAAAAACAAAUGAUUGGCAAUUUAAAGCUUUCCCUCGGCUACGUCUUCAGUUACAUCAGUGUAUUUUAUAGACGGAUUUAAAAAAUCAAAUCUAAAUUCUUAUUGUUAAAUUGUCUAUUUACUUUUUUUUCUGUUAUAAAUAUGAACGAGCGAUGUCAGUAAAUGAUCAUUAAGCCGUCAUUACGAGGAGUGACAUUUUUUAAAACUAUUGCCUUACUUUGUAUUUCAUUAUUACGUUUAACUGACGAUGUUAUCGCAUUGAUACUGUUCAUGUUGGACAGCUUUAAGAUUUCUGUGUCUGGUAUGUGGUCAGACCACCUAAAGUAUAGC